GAUAACUUGGAAUAGAACUCAGGACUAUGAAGUUCCUGAGAUAAGGGAGUGUAACAUGCUAUGAACCUCUGAGGGUUGAUCACGGUACAUGGACUAACUUAAAACUAUGUCUGUAUCGAUUUAAUGCAUAAAUGCUUUUUGGCUUUCUGCAAUCAUACUAAUUUCUUUACAGGUAUUUAAAGCGUUUCAAACUCAUGAAGCCAAAGGUGUUAAGGAGCUGGUGCCGACAGAUUUUAAAAGGGCUACAUUUUCUGCACACAAGGACUCCUCCUAUCAUCCAUCGUGAUUUGAAAUGUGACAACAUCUUCAUCACAGGACCUACUGGUUCAGUGAAGAUAGGGGACUUGGGACUUGCCACCUUAAUGCGCACCUCAUUUGCAAAGAGUGUUAUUGGAACUCCUGAAUUCAUGGCUCCUGAGAUGUAUGAAGAACAUUAUGAUGAGUCGGUGGAUGUCUAUGCUUUUGGAAUGUGCAUGUUAGAGAUGGCAACUUCUGAAUAUCCAUAUUCUGAAUGUCAGAAUGCAGCUCAGAUCUACAGAAAAGUAACCAGUGGCAUUAAACCUGCUAGUUUUAAUAAAGUGACAGACCCAGAAGUAAAAGAGAUCAUUGAAGGCUGCAUUCAGCAGAAUAAGUCUGAAAGGCUAUCCAUCAAAGACCUCUUGAACCAUGCUUUCUUUGCGGAAGACACGGGACUCAGAGUGGAACUGGCAGAGGAAGAGGAGGAUGGGCUGCAUCCCUCUUUGGCUUUGAGACUUUGGGUAGAAGAUCCCAAGAAGCUGAAAGGGAAGCACAAAGACAAUGAAGCAAUAGAGUUCAGUUUCAAUGUGGAAACAGAUAUCCCAGAGGAAGUGGCUUGUGAAAUGGUAAAGUCGGGAUUCUUCCAUGAAAGUGAUUCCAAAGCUGUGGCUAAAUCCAUUCGUGAUCGUGUCACCCUAAUCAAGAAGACACGGGAGCAAAGGCAGGUGGGCAACCUGGAGGAAAGGAGGGACUCUCAAAGUCAGCUUCCAAGUGGACUCCCCUUACUUCAGCCACAGGGCUCAUCGUUCACCCCACCUUCUCAGCCAAGCAAGAUGGAGUGUGAGGAAACAGAAGUUGAUCAACAUGCCAGACAACACAUCCUUCAACAAAUGCAGCAGAGCUUUUCCCUCACUGCUGACAACUUGUCUGAGAGAGGAGCAGGGUCAGUUAUACUGUCAGAUGCCUCUAGCCAACAUAAUCUGGCAUUUUCCUCGGAACACAUGAUGGGCACCCAACAAGUCCCCAGUCUCUCACAAACUGAAAACAGCAGUGCUCAAGGACACAUAUAUACUUCUCAACAGCUGAUGGGGCAUUAUCAGUCCAAUGCAGGGGUGCAGCCAGCGUUGCCAACAAAUGUGGCUCACCCCAGUGUUUUACCAUUAAUCCAGAGUCAGCCUUCUGGUCUACCUACUCACAAUUUGGCACCUCCUGCAACUCUCCAAGCCCAAACAUCUCCUCUUACAGCUCAGCAAUUCCCAUCAAGGAUGCCUCCAGAUUCCCAAGUAUCCUACAGUGCAGAAAGUCAGACUUUGGAUGGAUCCAUCAUGGGAGUUCCUCAGCAGAUGUUGACAAUAACUUCUCCUCAGAAUAUACCUGCCUCACAGCCUUCAAUUCAAUUUGUCAACAACAUGCAAGUUCUUCAGUCAGUUCCACAAGGUGUUAGGCUUAUUCAACAACCCAAGCAACUUUCUCAGCAGGUGCCAUCAACACAGCAACUACAGCAAGUUUCUCAGCAGGUGGCAUCUAUGCAGUCAAGUCAGCAAAUAGUUCCACAGGUGACAUCUUCACAGCAGGUUCCUCAGCAAAUUGCAGCCAUGCAGCAGAUACCUCAGAACCUAAUGGCAAUGCAGCAGUCACAGCAAGUUCCCCAGCAGGUAGCAUCCAUGAAGCCACCUCAACAAGGGGUGUCCUUGCAGCAACCACAGCAAAUUCACCAGCAAGUGAUGCCUAUGCAGCAGUCUCAGCAAGUUCCUCAACAAGCAACAUCUGUACAACAAACCCAAGCUGUUCCACAUGGAGUUUCUACCCAGCAGAUUCUAGAGCAGCCUCAGAAAAUUUCCCAACAGGCAGCCUCCAUACACCAGCCUCAGCAAGUUCCUCAGCAAAUUCUCCAACAAGUGGCAUCCAUACAGCCACCACAGCAAGUCACAUCAGUGCAGCAGCCCCAGCAGAAUCCUCAACAAGUAACAUCCACACAGCAGUCCCAUCAUAUUCCUCAACAGAUGCCACAAGUGACAUCCAUACAGCAGCCACACCACAUCCCUCAGCAAGUUCAACAGCAGGUUUUCAUCUCAGUAUCAGAUGAACAUGAGCAUCAGUCAGCAGUUCAAAAACAAGAGUCUAUUCAAGGCUUAGUUCCCGACCUUCCAAAGGAAGCUGGGACUGGCUGGGACCUUCCAGGUGGGAAUGGUAAGCAAGACAAGAGCAAACAGAGAAGGACCUCCUGUGCCCGACCAGAGAAGGGAACCAAAUUUCAACUCACUGUGCUGCAGGUGUCAACAUCUGGAGACAAUACUGUUGAGUGCCAACUUGAAACGCAUAACAACAAGAUGGUUACAUUUAAAUUUGAUGUUGAUGGAGAUGCUCCAGAGGACAUAGCUGAUUACAUGGUUGAAGAUAAUUUUGUAUUGGAAAAUGAGAAGGAUAAAUUUGUUGAUGAACUGAGAGCUAUUGUUUGCCAGGCUCAAGACAUCAUUUCUAGCCUUCCUAUUGAAGAACGAGCCGCUGGCAUGGAAUCUGCUCCUUCUGAUCCAAAUAACGGCCAAGCAGGACCUUCUGAACAAGUUCAGAUAAACCCAGCAUCUACUCAAAGUGGCAGUGAUGCUGCUCCCCAGUCAUCCCCUGUUGGCCGCUGGAGGUUUUGCAUCAACCAAACGAUAAAGAACAGAGAAACCCAGACGUCUUGUACCCCAGUAGAGUCAAUGAAAAGUGUUGAAGGAUGUCAGACCACAGCACCUGUUGUGAAUGAGUUGAAUUUGUCCACAGAAGCCUUUGAAUCCAAACCAACGUCUUGUCAGACUUUGACCACUGAGGAAGCAGAACAUGGAAUAAACGCUGAGCAAGGAGCUGCUUUGGUGCAGACUCCAAGUCAGGAAGGAAUUCUCUCCACAUCCAUUCUGGAGUCAGACAGUGAGGGCCCUCCUAAGAUGGAAUUUGUUGAUAACAACAUCAAAACUCUGGAUGAAAAGCUGCGGACACUUCUGUAUCAGGAGCACAGCUUGUCAGGCACUUCUCCUGAGAGCCAGAAAGACACACAAAGUGCAGUGGAGUCUCCCUUUUCCUCAUCUGCUGAAGACACUUUCCCCUGCCCAGGACAUGAAACACAAGACACUAGUUCCCCCCAAGAGAUCGAUCCUCAAGCUGCACUCAUUCCAUCCGGAAGUCAUCCUGAUAGCUUGCCAGUGAUGAGGCAAGAGGCCAGGGUUAUUACUUCUACUCCCAGGGAUUUCUGCAGAGAUGAGAUGUCCUUGGAGGCUUCAUUUCCUGAGAAUCCUGUGGCUUGUCCUGCUUCAGAAUCAAGUGGUGGAGCUGUGCACCUGCAUCCUACAUGUAUACUAGAAUCUUAUUUUAUAAUGCAGUACUGUUUGUUGGUGUUCACAUGGUCACAGAUUUACCUGACCCGACCUGUUUUGUUUUUCCUUUGUGUUUGUCCCCCCACCUGCCUUUUUUUUCCUUUUUUUAAAAUCACAGCAGAGGACAUGACUGCUGAUGUUGCUCCUGAUUGGAUUUCUCUUUCUGAGCAAGCAAUCAGAGAGAAUAAAGUAUCUGGUCAUUCUAAAUCUGGAGCUGGAUCAUUCCAGCGAGGCAGAUUUCAGGUCAUUACAGUUCCACAACAGUUGUCCUCGGGUGUUUCAGAAAGUGAACUCUUUGAGAUGCCUCCUUCUUUGGAGCUUGGAACAGAAGAAGGCUGCCCUAGAGGAAAAGAAAUGGCUACCUUGGCCAGUGCCAUGGGUGAAACUGAUGCAUGUUGCACUGCCUCCGAACAUCAGGAAGUGGAGGAGACCUCUGCUGCUGCAGGCAGCCUGCAGUCCUGCUCAGAGCCAUGGUCGAGAGGGGAUGUGAUCCAGAAGCAGCCUAGCUCUGACAGUGAACUGUCUGCACCUAUGGGUGGUGGCAGCCUAGAAGGCUGGGAGUCGAACCAGCAGUCUCAAGAGGAAAGGGGCGGCACCCACCCAAAGAGGCGUAGUUCUCUUUUUUACUCGGCAUCUUCCCCAAUGAGCAGUGACGAUGAAUCUGAAAUUGAAGACGAGGACCUGAAAUUGGAGCUACAGCGUUUGCGGGAGAAGCACAUCCAAGAAGUAGUCAGCCUGCAAGCUCAGCAGAACAGGGAGUUGCAGGAGCUAUAUGAUCGUCUCCGCUCCAUCAAAGACAGCAGGUCAGAAUCCUCUGACAUCUCCCUGCAACUGUCGUCCCCACGACGGCCUAAAUCUUUCAAAAGCAAGCUGCGCAGUCGGCCACAAUCUCACUCUCAUGUCGACAAUGGCAUUGUUGCUGCUGAACAACUCUGCAUCGUGAGCAGCACUGCCUCUUGUCAGCAGACAACAGCCAGUAAAAAAGGAAUGUUCACAGAUGAUUUGCAUAAACUGGUGGAUGACUGGACUAAAGAAAAAGUGGGAAACUCCCUCAUCAAGCCAAGCCUCAAUCAAAUCAAACAGAACAAGCACCGGCUGGAUAGUGACAGCUGGAGCAAAGUAUAUGAGACAACAACCUCUACUGUGGGCUACACCUCCACAUGGAUUUCCUCACUUUCCCAGAUCCGCGGGACUGUACCAGCUGCUUUACCCCAAGGACUUCCCCUGUCACCCUUUUCUGGCACACUAUCGCCAUACGGAAUACCACAUUUGUGCCAGUAUAACACCAUCGCGGGAACAACUUACCCAGUGCAAUGGAUGGGCAUUUCUGGGACAACUCAACAAUCUGUCGUGGUCCCUGCCCAGACAGUGGGACCCUUUCAACCAGGGAUCAGCAUGCCAGCAUUUCCAGCAUCACCCGUGCAAAACCCAGCUCCCAUUCCCCCAAGUCCCAAAUGA